GCGGCUGUCACCGGUUAGUGACGUCACGACGAACGUUCAGGAAAGAGUUUUCUGCGGGUUGCGUCAGUGCUGAAGACGCUGCUCAGAGGUGAAGGUAAACAACAAACCGUCAUGCUCCUGUGUCGUCUCUCCUGUCUGCGGGCUCCGCUCGGCCUGCGCUCUGCUGUCCCUCAGGGGCCCCGAGCUCUGAUCAGGAGCCCUGCACUGAUGAUGAGGCCCCAGCAGCAGGGUUUCUCCAGCAAGGUCAGGCUGGGGCUCCGCAGGGCCAAAACCCCUAAAGAGCAGCUGCAGGAUGCUGCAAUCCAGAACACACACACCGCCAGCAGAGUUGACAGUAUGGGUCGGGUUCUGCUGGCGGGCGGUGCUGCGGUGGGUUUGGGCGCUCUGUGUUAUUACGGCCUCGGCAUGUCUAGUGAGAUCGGGGCCAUCGAGAAGGCAGCGAUCUGGCCGCAGUACGUUCGGGAUCGCAUACACUCCACAUACCUGUAUUUCGCGGGCAGUGUGGGCCUGACAGCGCUCUCGGCGGUGGCCAUCAGCAGGACCCCGGUGCUUAUGGGGAUCAUGAUGAGCAACUCCUGGCUGGUACACACACACACACACACACACACACACACACACACCAUGGAGGUGAUGCGUGGCGAUUAGAGGUGUGAACCUACA